UCAAAAUUGUGCUGGGAAGCCAACUGACUGACACUGCCCCCACGCCUCCACCGCUAUGGAACCACAAGACCUCUCCGAUAACCCCACCGCCGCCGUCUCCGGCGAGUCCACCCCCGAAAACCAAUCUUCUCCGCCCGAGACCACCCUCGAAGUCCGCGUUUCGGACUCCCAGCUCGAUGAAACCUCAGAGCCUCCGCCGAAGAAGCGCCGCCGGCGAAAGAAGCAGUUCCCAGAGAUGAUAUCUUCCGCCGCGGCCGUCACCGGCCUCCGAAUCCUCCGUCCCCAUCCCAAGUCCAGCAUUUACAGCGAGAAGAUCAUGGACGAUAUCAUCGGAAUGCAGAUCAACGACUCCCCGGCGCUGUCCAAGACCCACCGCCGCCGCCGACGCAUCGCCGAUCUCGCCAAGGAGGUCGACGUUGAGGCCCUGGUCGCCAUCUCUGUCGGGUUUCCGGUGGACUCUCUUACAGAAGAGGAAAUCGAAGCAAAUGUGGUGACGGCGAUCGGCGGAGCCGAGCAGGCCAACUACAUCGUCGUCCGAAACCACAUCCUCGCGCGGUGGCGCUGGAGCGUUUCCACAUGGCUCACCCGCGACCACGCAAUGGAAUCGAUUCGAUCGGAGCAUCGAAAUUCGGUAAAUUCUGCAUACUCCUUUUUGCUUGAGCAUGGUUACAUCAAUUUUGGCCUCGCGCCUGCCAUUAGAGAGGUGCAACUGAAGCCAAAUGAUUCGUUGAAAGCUAGUGUAAUAAUCGUCGGUGCGGGACUAGCUGGAUUAGCUGCCGCCCGGCAAUUGAUCUUUCUAGGGUUUAAGGUUUUGAUAUUGGAAGGGAGGAGCAGGCCCGGAGGGCGCGUGAGAACAAGAAAGAUGAAGAGAAUGGAUGGUUGCGGAGUGAUUGCAGCUGCUGAUCUCGGUGGGAGUGUCCUUACUGGGAUCAAUGGGAACCCGUUAGGGGUUUUGGCGAGGCAAUUAGGGUUUCCUCUGCACAAGGUGAGGGAUAUAUGCCCACUUUAUUUGCCUGAUGGGAGAAUGGUGAAUUCGGAGAUUGAUUCGCGGGUGGAGACUUCAUUUAACAGGUUGUUGGAUAGGGUUUGUAAGCUAAGGCAGGCAAUGAUGGAGGAGGUUAAGUCCGCGGAUGUUUCACUUGGGACUGCGCUUGAGGCCUUUAGGCGUGUUUACAAGGUUGCAGAGGACCCCCAAGAGCGGAUGCUGUUGAAUUGGCAUCUCGCGAAUUUAGAGUAUGCGAAUGCAUCGCUGAUGUCUGAUUUGUCUAUGGCAUAUUGGGAUCAGGAUGAUCCAUAUGAAAUGGGGGGUGACCACUGUUUCAUUCCUGGAGGAAAUGAGAGGUUUGUGCGGGCACUUGCAGAGGACCUUCCGAUUUUUUACAGUCAGACAGUGGAGAGUGUAAGAUAUGGUGCUGAUGGGGUUGCUGUGCAUGCUGGUGGGCAGGAGUUUCGGGGGGACAUGGUGCUUUGUACAGUGCCAUUGGGUGUGCUCAAGAAAGGAACGAUAGAUUUUCUGCCUCAACUUCCCCAAAGAAAGAGAGAUGCAAUUCAAAGAAUUGGGUUUGGAUUACUAAACAAGGUUGCUAUGUUGUUUCCAUAUGAUUUUUGGGGUGGAGAAAUUGACACGUUUGGGCAUUUGACAGAAGAGUCAACGAUGAGGGGCGAGUUCUUUCUGUUCUACAGCUAUUCUUCUGUAUCAGGAGGCCCGCUUCUUGUGGCUCUUGUUGCAGGAGAGGCAGCAAUCAAUUUCGAAAUGAUGUCCCCUGUGGAAGCUGUGAGAAGGGUUUUGGACAUACUGAAGGGUAUUUUCAAUCCAAAAGGGAUAGCUGUUCCCGAUCCAAUUCAGGUGGUCUGCACCCGGUGGGGAAAAGAUCGCUUCACAUAUGGUUCUUACUCUUAUGUUGCAAUUGGUUCAUCAGGGGAUGAUUAUGAUAUCCUGGCAGAGAGUGUAGGAGACGGAAGGGUUUUCUUUGCAGGAGAGGCAACUAAUAAACAGUAUCCAGCAACAAUGCAUGGAGCUUUUCUUAGUGGGAUGCGAGAGGCUGCAAACAUAUUGAGAGUGGCUAAUCGGCGAUCUUUGCUUAGUUAGUUUCUAACAGAGAGAGGCUAACUCACUGGCUUAUACCUAUUUGGAGUUUCUUUCCAUCCAAUACCAGAUUGGUGGGAUGGGAUGGCUCAAACUCACUCAAAUGGAUAAUAAAAAACUGGUACCCUGAGGUAAUGAUUCUCGUUGAAAGCUGCUUUAUGUUGUAUAGUAGUUGCACAUUCUAGUCAUUAGAUUCUUAGAUGUAAAUUUAGCACAAAAUUUGUUCAAUUACGUAAUUCAUGCAAUUUUUAUUGCUCGUUUCCUUGGAUGACUGCAAUAUUUUCUAAGUUAGAUUGAUCACUUGUCUUA